GACAGGGCGGGAAAGGAAACACAGGCGUCGCCACCCUCACACCGCGCCCUCCACAUUCUCCCUGAGAAAGGCGGAGGCGCCUGCGCUAGCCUUGCUCUCGCGAGAGCUCGGAACUCCCGCGAGACUGACGCCCGAUUUGUGCGCCCGGGAAACCCCGUCGUUCCCUUUCCCCUGGCUGGCAGCGCGGAGGCCGCACGAUGCCUGGAGUUACUGUAAAAGACGUAAACCAGCAGGAGUUCGUCAGAGCUCUGGCAGCCUUCCUCAAAAAGUCCGGGAAGCUGAAAGUCCCCGAAUGGGUGGACACAGUGAAACUGGCCAAGCAUAAAGAGCUUGCUCCCUAUGAUGAGAACUGGUUCUACACGCGAGCUGCUUCCACAGCACGGCACCUGUACCUCCGGGGUGGCGCUGGGGUUGGCUCCAUGACCAAGAUCUACGGUGGACGUCAAAGAAACGGCGUCAUGCCCAGCCACUUCAGCCGAGGCUCCAAGAGUGUGGCACGCAGAGUCCUCCAGGCCCUGGAGGGGCUGAAAAUGGUGGAAAAGGACCAAGAUGGGGGCCGCAAGCUGACACCUCAGGGACAGAGAGAUCUGGACAGAAUCGCCGGACAGGUGGCAGCUGCCAAUAAGAAGCAUUAGAACAAAGAUGCUGGGUUAAUAAAUAGCCUCAUUCGUAA